AUGAUCAAUAACAUCUUGAAAUAUUUUGUUGACAUCUAUAAAGUUAAUAUUUUAUUGGCUGGUCAUCGGUUAAAAAAUAAACGAGAAUUAUUAAUAUUUGUUGAAAACAAAGAAUCUUUUCUAAUUCUCUUCGAUGAUAGCAAAUGGCCGAAAGCCAUCGGUUCAUUUGAUUAUGAUAAGACUCGACCAAAUCACCUGCCGCCUCAAUUUUCUGUCAUUCUUCGUCAUGUACCUGUUGAAAAAGAUAUUAAUCUCUUACUUAUGGAUUUACAAAAAGAUUAUCCUGAUAUUAUAAAUGCAUUUCGUUUAUUAAAUAGAAACAAACUUCCUACAUCUAUUGUUCGACUUGAUAUUGCUGGUGUUAAAACUAUUGAAAAUUUAUCAAAUAAGAAAUUUAUUUAUAUUGAUAAUCUUCGUCUUCCAGUUACUGAAUAUUUAGCUACUGCCAAGGUGUUAAUUUGCUCGAAAUGCUUUCAAAUUGGACAUCUUAGAAGUAAUUGCAAAAGUCAAUUGGAAGUAUGUGGGGUAUGUGGUAGGGGUGUUGAAGAUCUUAAACAACAUAAUGAUUGUAUAAAUAAAAAAUGUUGUAUUAGGUGCUCAGGUGACCAUGAUUCGAACGAUUCUCGUUGUCCUGAUAUCAAAUCUUAUCGUGCGAUGUUAACAAAAUCUUUAUUACCUUCAGUCGGUGCAGAUAAAAAUCAUCCAGGUAAUCCAACAACAAAGUAUUGUCCUAAUGGUAAUGAUUUUCCAAUAUUAAAUGUUAAACAUGGUAAUCAACAUCGAGGUAAUGAAUCAUUCAUCAGUUCGGGUAAACGUAUUGAUGAUUUAUUUAGCAACUUUAAUAAACUGGAGGAAAAUUUUAAUAGAAUACUUGAACUUAAUAAUAAUUCUUUAGAUGAACUUGCUCGAACACAAAAGGUUUUGGCAAAACAUGAUCAUGAACUUCUUCUACAAAAAUAUGAUAUUACCUUUCAACGUGAAUAUGUUAACCAAUUUAUUUCCCCACUCGUUCAAGUAAUUGUCGAAGUUUUACCAACACUGGUCAAGCAAAAUGUUAUUCAAGAUAAAACGUUACUAUGCCAUCAUUAA